UUGGGUUUUCUUACGCGAAAGCAGCCGUGCCUGAUCAGGUUUCCUGGGCGUUACGUUUCGUGCGCGUGUGGGCCUUUACAUAAGCAACCCCGAUCCCCCCACCCUUUCCCCUACCCUCCUUUUACCCACCGCUCCGUCUCUCCGCCGCUUGCUUGGAAGACGAAGAAACCCUCCCCCCACCAACCCAAUCCAGCCAAAUCCGGGCCCGGAGCAGUUCGCCGCCUUCGUUCGAUUCGUUCGCAUCCCCCAACGCGGUUCGAUCCCACCGGAAGGAGCGUGAUGGCCAAGACGAGCUCGUUCAAGCUGGAGCACCCCCUCGAGAAGAGGCAGUCUGAGGCUAACCGGAUCAGGGAGAAGUACCCUGACAGAAUUCCAGUGAUUGUUGAGAAGGCUGAGAGGAGUGACAUUCCUGACAUCGACAAGAAAAAGUACCUCGUCCCUGCUGAUCUUACAGUUGGACAAUUCGUGUAUGUCGUUAGGAAGAGAAUCAAGCUCAGUGCUGAGAAGGCUAUCUUCAUCUUUGUGAAGAACACCCUUCCACCAACAGCUGCUCUGAUGUCUUCAAUCUAUGAAGAGAAUAAGGACGAGGAUGGGUUCCUCUACAUGACUUACAGUGGUGAGAACACCUUCGGUCUGCUCUAGAUGGAUGGCGCAACACCACAGCUCACCGCAAUCGGGUCGCCUUGCCCUUGCUUCCCUACCAAUGCCCUGCCCAUGCGGCCAUGCCUCCUGUAAAUAAGGCCUGCCAAGCAACUGUGUAUAUUCUGGUUUCCUCGUUGCAAGUGACUGCACUCUACUGCUAAAACCUACCUAUCAGAUUGUCAUCGAUGUAAUGGACAUCCUUUAAACCAAAUUGAUUGGACCUGAAUCUUGGGUCGAUGUGUGAUAUCUUUUAUGUCAGUUUACGGUUACUGGUCCGUGUAAGGGCUGUAACAAGGUCAA